UCCUCUUCAAAUUCAUUUUCAUUCUCCUUCUCCCCACUUUGAGCUUCUUCAACUAUUAGUCCAAUCAGUUUAGCUAUUUUUCUCACAUUUCCUUCAGCAACAAUUUCAUUCACAGGGCACGGUAGAAUAAGUCCAAUCCUCCCAUCAAAUUAACUACCCCUACCCUUUUGCAGGAGUGCAGAGAGAGUGAUGGCUGGAGCAUUAAAAAAGUGCAUGAUGCUGUGUUGUACGAGCAAGAUUGUCUCGAAGGAAGACAUGGCAGGAGAAUCAUACGAUGAAGCCAUAGCAACGCUGACCAAGCUUCUCAGUGAGAAAGCUGACCUCGGGGGCGUUGCCGCCGCAAAGAUCAAGGAGUUGACGGCGGAGCUAGAGGCCGUCGGUUCAAAGCCGUUCAACCCAGACGAUAGGAUCAGAACUGGGUUCGUCCAGUUCAAGAAUGAGAAAUUCGAGAAGAACCCUGAUCUAUAUGGCGAACUUGCUAAAGGCCAGAGCCCAAAGUUUAUGGUCUUUGCAUGCUCAGACUCAAGAGUUUGCCCAUCCCAUAUUCUGGAUUUUCAACCAGGUGAAGCCUUUGUGGUCCGAAACAUCGCCAGCAUGGUUCCACCAUAUGACAAGACGAAGUAUACAGGGGCAGGGGCGGCCAUUGAGUAUGCAGUCUUGCAUUUAAAGGUGGAGAAUAUUGUAGUUAUUGGACACAGCUGCUGUGGAGGAAUAAAGGGGCUCAUGUCUAUCCCAGAUAAUGGGACCACUGCAAGUGAAUUUAUAGAGCAAUGGGUCCAAAUAUGCACUCCAGCAAAGUCAAAAGUUAAAGCGGAAACAAGUAACUUAAGUUUCUCGGAGCAGUGUACUAACUGUGAGAAGGAAGCUGUGAAUGUAUCGCUUGGGAACCUAUUGACUUACCCAUUUGUGAGAGAUGGGAUUGUGAAGAAAACGCUUGCUUUGAAAGGAGCACAUUACGAUUUUGUUAAUGGCACUUUUGAGCUGUGGGAUCUGAACUUCAAACUUUUGCCUUCUGUAUCCGUUUAAUUAAGAUGUCUCCAGCACCAAAGUAAACCUACCCGAACUAUUUAGUAAAGAAAACAAAAAUAAUGGUCUGAGCUAGGAGCAAUAACUCAAUUAGUUUUUUUCCUACCAAACUCAUUUCUCUCUCUGCUAUACAAAGAGUGUUCUUAUUUUAUUUUCAUUUUUUUGGUUGAAAUAUUUUAUUUUCAUUUUGCUGAUAUGUCAAUGAUAUGAUCCCAAGCUACCAGAUAGUUA